AUGGUCGAAAAAAACAAAAAAGGAAUAUGGCUGACUUUUUGUCGUGGAGAUUUACCAAAUGAAAAAUAGCAGAUUAUUCUGUUUUAUCAACUGUUUUCAUGUUUGAAGACUGUUAAAAACAAAGCAACUAUGAGCGGGCGUUAUCGAGAUUACGACAAAGGGUCGUCUCGAUCCACGCGCGAUGAUUCUAGGCCGUACAAGGAGAGGCGUGAGGAUCGUGAGAGACCAGAGCGCAGACGUUCGAGAUCGCGCUCUCCUCGUCGGUGGUCCCCAACGCGCAGUAGCAGUUACGGCCCCGGCAGGUCCUCUAGCAGCAGAGAACGAGACAGAAGGGACUAUGAAGAUCGGAGUCAUAAACAUGCCCCAGAGUGGGAUGAACCAGAAGAUGUGCCAGCACCGCCUCCACCACCUCGCAUUACUAAAAUCUCAAUUGGUUUCAACAAACCCAAGACUCCGAUCAAGAUGAACAUAGGUGGUCCCGCCAAACCUGUGGCCAAGCCUGCCGUAGCAUCAGUGUUUAGUGCUGAUGAUGAUGAUGAGCCUGAGGAGAUGCCUGCUGAGGCUCGCAUGAGGAUGAGGAAUAUAGGAAGAGAAACACCAACAUCAGCUGGACCAAACUCCUUCGGCAAAACAAAGCAAGGCUUCUGUGAUGCCAAGAAAGUUUUUGAGAAGAACCUGAAACAAGCUCUCGAAAUGGCUGACAAACCAGCCAUGCCCAAACUCCCACAAACCAUCUACAAGAUUAAGGGUCCUUGAUAUUGAAAAUAUGAGGGGAAACGCUGCAAACAAGUUACUGUAGACAGCCUUGACGAAGCUGCCAGUCUUUAAAAAUAAAACAGCAUAAAGGAGUAUUUAAUACACAUUAUUUUAUCCACUUUUGAAAGGAACUCAUAGUCAAACUUUGUUCUUUACAUUUAUAUGUGCAUUUUCAAGUUAAAUAUGUAUAAAAUUAUCUGUCUUUACUUAUUGACUUGUAUAAUGAAUGAUGAAAUUUUUACCAGCCUCAAGUCUGUGUCCAGUAACUUGCCUGCAAACACCCAAAGAGUAGCAUUAAAAUGCAUUAUUGCCUAGUUUUAGUUCAGGGCCGAUUUUUUUAUCGUCAAAUACCUGUAGCAAUAAUUUAACAUUCAACUUUUAGACCUUGUCCAGAAGAAGCGAAUUCGUCGCGAAAUGCUUCGCGCGAAUUCAUUCGCGCGCUAUUGAAAUACUAGGCACGAAUACAUCGCGUCCACAAGCAUCGCGCGAAUUCAAAAUACGCGCGUAAAUCGCGUGCAUAACGCCAGACCCUCGACUCGCGCGUGAUUCGCGCGUAUUGUGCCCUUUCUGGACAAGCCCUUACUGUUGAAAAGCUAUCGAAAUAGUUUUGUUAUUGGAAAUAAGAAUUUUAAAGCUAUAAUGAAAAGCUUAAAUUUUAUAUUAUGUCUUUUCGGAAUUGAUUCACAAAAAAUAUGUAUUUAGCCUUCCAUUUUGCCUGAAGAUAGCCUGUCUUGUGGGUGCUUUAUAGUAAGUUCCCACAAUUAUAGACUGAUCAAAUGUGUGCACCAUACACUUCCUGUUAUAGGAAUUGAACCUGCGACCCGAGCACUAAGGGCGCCUUUGUUAGUUGUUGAUUCCAUGUAGAUAGCAAAAUAUAUUGACUAAUUCCUGUUUUACACAAAAUCACGUUUGCAUGUUAUAGUUGGAAUGUGCUCACAAAACUGUUAGUUGAAAUGUAAACUUAGAGGAUAUUUCUAUUGUCAUUAAUUUGCUAAUAUUCGCUCUAAUUACGCUAAGUUGUGGCGUACUCAAGUUUAAUUUUAUUGACAUGAUCAAGUUUCAAGUGAGUCAACAGUUUUAUAUGUAAACAUGCUAAUGUAAUAAAAACAAACUGAAUUAACAUAAUCCAGAAUUCCAGUUUUUUAAAGGAAUGUUCCAGUUUUCAAUAGCUACUAGUUUUACAUAAGUCUUUAUAUAUUGUCUUUUAAUAAUAGUGUCCUAUGUUAGCAGUAUUAUAAUGUUCAAUCAGCAAUUUUAACACACAAACUAUAGAUAAUAUUUCAAUGUUCUUUUUUACUUAUAAAAUUGUAAUUCGUUAUUACAGGAUUUAUCAACCCAUUGCAAAUUAUCAGCUUUUAUUCCUUGUAUCUUUAUGUAUUGUAAUUAAUUAGUUAUAGAAAAAUAAAUGGAUCCACUUUGCCGAAAA